GAAUGUGUGUUGGAGAGAGAUUAAAGAAGGAAAAGUGAAAAAGCAAAGCGGCAAACAGCGUCUCUCUCCAUGUGCCUUGGACCAUUUCCUCUUUCUCUGACUAGGGUUUAAGCUUCUUCGUUGUUCAUCAGUUUAACUGUUGGGAAAUUGGGUUCUUGAAUGGUGUCUGUUGGAUUAAGAUCUGUGCUAUAGAGAUGACGGAUCUGUUGGGGUUUCAAGAAAGGAAUUUGGAAGUUGAAUGAGGUAAGUUUCUUGUGUUACUACUUUCAGUUUCAGUAGUUGGGUACUUGAAGAUCUGUGCCUUUUUGGUGAAGUUGCGUUGCUCAAAAUCGAGUUCAGGUGGUGUUAAUUCGAGUGUUUGAAGGUGAAUUUGAGUGAAGUUGGUUUUAGAUCGCGAUAGGUUAGGUUACUUAGACAAACUGCAAAAAAGUUUGGCAGGGGGGAUGCUUUUCUUUUCGAGUUGGAUAUUAUAUGAGUAACUUUUUGUUGUUGAUUUGGAUUUGAUGCUCAAGUUGUCGGGAGAUUGAUCAAGAGUGAAGAAGGAAGAGCAUUAUCGGAAGGUUGUAUAUGGUCCCUCCAUUAAGUGGUAGAUAAGUCAGUUAGUAGGACCUUGGGUUAAUGAUUGUUACUUUUUCGGGAAGAUGGGGCAUCACUUUUUGGUGAUCUUUAUAGUUGUUUGAGGACUAGGCUGGUUCCAUACAUCCAUUUUCGUUACUUAAAUUCAAGGAUCCCCUUUCUGUUAAUAAUGUCGACUGAAGGAGCUCCUCGUUUCAAGUCAAUUAAAUCAUUGCCGGUGGAUUAUAGAUUUAUGAGUUCAGCCGAAAAGUCUACAAGUAGUAAUAGCAGUAUGAUUUCUGUUAGUAUACCUGAGAAUGGUAGUGCAGCUGGUGGUGACAACAUGAAUCAGGUUGAUGAUGAUUCACCAUAUGGUCAGAGGACACCAAGCUCAACCUUUUUUAUGAAUGACAGACCUUCCAUGGAUGAUGAAGAUAUUGAUCCAUCAGUUUCUCCUCAAGGAUCUGUUCGGCCUUCAUGGGGUGAAACCAAUUGGGGAGAUACUGCCUCAUAUGUUGCAAAAAAGAAGCUUCAGUCAUGGUUCCAAUCUACUGAUGGGAACUGGGAGCUGGCAAGGAUUCUGUCCAUUUCAGGGAACGAGUCGCUCAUCUCAUAUUCUGAAGGAAAAGUACAAAAGGUGAAAUCUGACAGCCUCUUACCUGCUAAUCCAGAAAUCCUUGACGGUGUAGAUGAUCUCAUGCAACUAAGUUAUUUAAACGAACCAUCAGUUUUGUACAAUCUUCAAUAUAGAUAUGAUAGAGACAUGAUCUAUUCCAAGGCAGGACCAGUUUUAGUUGCAAUCAAUCCCUUCAAGAAGAUCCCAAUGUAUGGGAAUGAUUAUAUUGAAGCCUAUAAGAGUAAAUCCACAGACAGUCCUCAUGUAUAUGCCAUUGCUGAUACAGCCAUCAGGGAAAUGAUUAGAGAUGAAGUAAACCAAUCUAUUGUGAUAAGUGGUGAAAGUGGAGCUGGGAAAACUGAGACGGCAAAGAUAGCGAUGCAAUAUUUGGCUGCUCUUGGAGGUGGUAGUGGAAUAGAAUAUGAGAUACUGAAAACUAAUCCAAUUUUGGAGGCCUUUGGUAAUGCAAAAACAUCAAGAAACAACAACUCAAGUCGUUUUGGAAAAUUGAUUGAAAUUCACUUUAGUGAAACUGGAAAAAUAUCUGGUGCCAAGAUCCAAACAUUUUUGCUUGAAAAGUCGAGAGUUGUUCAAUGCACAGAAGGAGAAAGGUCAUAUCACUCAUUUUAUCAGCUUUGUGCAGGAGCUCCACCUCCGCUUAGAGAGAAAUUAAACUUGAAGAGUGUACACGAGUACAAAUACUUGCAGCAAAGCACUUGCUAUUCGAUUAAUGGAGUUGAUGAUGCUGAACAAUUUCGUAUUGUAGUGGAAGCCCUGGAUGCUGUUCAUGUUAGCAAAGAGAACCAAGAAAAUGCUUUUGCAAUGCUUGCCGCAGUGUUGUGGCUAGGAAAUGUGACCUUUUCGGUUGUUGAUAAUGAAAACCAUGUGGAACCUGUGAUUGAUGAAGCUCUGCUGAAUGUCGCUAAAUUAAUUGGGUGCGAGGCUGAUGAUCUGAAGCUUGCUUUGUCUACCCGGAAAAUGAAAGUUGGAAAUGAUAACAUUGUUCAAAAGCUGACCCUAGCACAGGCAAUUGACACAAGGGAUGCUUUGGCAAAGUCAGUAUAUUCUUGUUUGUUUGAUUGGUUGGUGGAACAAAUCAACAAGUCACUUGCUGUAGGCAAACGUCGGACAGGAAGAUCUAUUAGCAUUCUUGAUAUCUAUGGAUUUGAAUCAUUUGAUGUAAAUAGUUUUGAGCAGUUCUGCAUUAAUUAUGCGAAUGAGCGAUUGCAGCAACACUUCAAUCGUCAUUUGUUCAAGUUAGAGCAGGAGGAAUACAUCCAGGAUGGCAUUGACUGGGCAAAAGUGGAGUUUGAAGACAAUCAAGAUUGUCUCAAUCUUUUUGAAAAGAAACCAUUGGGUCUACUGACUCUAUUAGAUGAAGAGUCUACGUUCCCGAAUGGCACGGACAUGACAUUUGCAGGCAAGCUAAAACAGCAUUUGAAAUCUAAUUCGUGUUUUAGAGGAGAACGAGGCAAAGCGUUUACAGUUCACCAUUAUGCUGGGGAAGUUAUGUAUGAUACAACUGGGUUUCUGGAGAAAAACCGUGAUCUAUUGCAUCUGGAUUCCAUUCAACUUUUAUCUUCCUGCACGUGUGAACUUCCACAGGCGUUUGCUUCAAAUAUGCUUUCUCUUUCAGAAAAGCCUGUGCUUGGACCAUUACACAAAUCAGGUGGAGCAGAUUCCCAAAAGCUUAGUGUCGUGACGAAGUUUAAGGGCCAACUGUUCCAAUUAAUGCAACGCUUGGAGAGCACAACACCGCAUUUCAUUCGUUGCAUUAAACCCAACAACUCACAAUCUCCUGGAAUUUACCGUCAAGGACUUGUCUUGCAACAGCUGAGAUGUUGUGGUGUUUUGGAAGUUGUUCGAAUAUCAAGGUCGGGCUUUCCAACAAGAAUGACCCAUCAGAAAUUUGCGAGAAGGUAUGGCUUUCUUCUGCUAGAGCAUCUUGCAUUGCAAGAUCCAUUAAGCGUGUCAGUUGCCAUUCUUCACCAGUUCGAUAUUCUUCCUGAAAUGUAUCAAAUUGGCUACACAAAAUUGUUCUUUCGAACCGGACAGAUUGGUAAGCUUGAGGAUACAAGGAACCGUACUCUUAAUGGCAUAUUGCGUGUUCAAAGCUGCUUUAGAGGUCACAAAGCUCGUCAAUACAUGAAGGAGUUUAAACGAGGAAUUUUCACUCUCCAGUCAUUUGCUCGUGGUGAAAAAGCUAGAAAGGAGUUCACAGUAUUACUCCAGAGACACAGAGCGGCGGUGCUUAUACAAAAGCAUAUUAAAGCAAAAACAAGCAAGAAAAGAUUCGAAGACAUUCAUGGCGCAGCGGUUGUGUUACAAGCUGUUAUUCGUGGCUGGCUGGUUAGGAGAUGCUCAGGGGACAUUGCACUACUUCAAUUUGGUUCCGGAAAGGGUAAUGAAUCGGAUGAAGUGCUAGUGAAAUCAUCAUACCUCGCUGAGCUACAGCGAAGAAUUCUCAAAGCAGAGGCUGGUUUACGAGAGAAAGAAGAGGAAAACGAUAUUCUCCACCAACGUCUCCAGCAGUAUGAGAGCCGUUGGUCAGAAUAUGAGCUUAAAAUGAAGUCCAUGGAAGAAGUAUGGCAGAAACAAAUGCGGUCACUUCAAUCAAGCCUCUCCAUAGCCAAAAAGAGCCUUUCCCUUGAUGAUUCCGAGAGAAAUUCUGAUGCUUCAAUCAACAUAAUAAAUGACGAUAAUGGCAGCUGGGAUGCAAAUGCCAGAAGAAAUGGUCACGAAAGCAAUGGCGUGGGUGGCGUGCGACCAAUGAACGCGGGUUUAAGUGUCAUAAGCCGAUUGGCCGAAGAGUUUGAGCAGAGAAGCCAAGUGUUUGGAGAUGAUGCAAAAUUCUUGGUUGAAGUUAAGUCAGGUCAAGCAGAAGCAAACUUGAACCCAGAUCAUGAACUCAGAAGGUUGAAACAAAUGUUUGAAGGGUGGAAGAAGGAUUACAGUGUGAGGUUGAGGGAGACAAAGGUAAUUUUAAACAAGCUUGGACACGAAGAUGGGGAUAGCGAUAAAGGUAAAAAGAAAUGGUGGGGACGGCUAAACAGCUCAAAGGUUAAUUGAGUUUCUGUGUUUGUUACAUAAAUGGUAUAUAGUAAGGAAGUGUUUUGGGUUUGAUUCUUGGCGAUUUGUCGUUCAUAUGUUUUGUUUCGUAUGGGAGUUUGAUGCUCGUGAACAUGUGUGUGCCGAGUGAAUGAAUUAUGCUUGCCAUUCUUCGUUUCGUGUAUCUUAACGACACUACGUGUAUCAGGUUAGUCAAAGAUAUCGAUCUGGUCUCUUUUUUAAUG